UUUUGACACUCACUUUCCUAGAAUUUGACGGCUCCCAUCAUUCACCUCUUAUGGCUUUGUCAUACGAACUCUUUCAUGUCACGUCCUGCCAUGUCUUUGAAGGGCUCUUGCUCUUUUGUUCAAAUUCGAGGCUAGAGAAUUGUUUGAUCUAUGGCCAGCCGCAAGUGACUACCUAUGCCUAUACAUAAAAUGAUCGCGUGCCCGCAAUAUCUGCAUUACAUCACCGACAUAUUCAUCCUUGGUUUUUGGAAAAAAAAAAGCAUCACCAACUUCUAGACUUUCGUUCACUAUUCCCAAUACAUUAAUUCGCCAGGAUAUUCAUAUAUAUUAACCCAGCUUUGUUGGGUUUCUCUCGAUACACUCUCUCUUUACUUUCUCUGCAUUAGCUAUAUCUCUAAUCGGACAUCUUAGCACUUGCCCAAGACUUGUUGCCAUAUCCGCAAGACAGAAACCAAAACACAUUGCCGCUCAUUCGUCUGACGAAACAACAAAAUGGCGCAGUCUCAGCCCCAGCCGAGCUCUCCGUCGUCGCAUGUUGAAAUCCUCACACUUGACAACAUCUUGAAAAAGGUGCCCUCGUAUGACCCUGAGGCUACUAACCAACUGUUCUCACUCAUUGACUGUGGCAGCAAUGGAAUCCGCUUCUCGGUCUCGGAUCUCUCACCAGGCUCAGCUCGCCUUCUCCCAUGCAUUCAUCAGGAACGAGCCCCUAUCUCUCUUCUUGACUCACUAAUGGAGGGCAAGGUCAUGUAUGGAGAAGAACGCUUCCCCCCGGCCACAAUCGAGCUUGUUGCGCAGACCAUGGCCAAGUUCUGUAGAACCGCCUAUGAGGGCCACAACGUCCCCAAGGCCAACAUGUUCAUGUUUGCCACCGAGGCCAUGCGUCGCUCUACCAACGCCAGCGAGAUGCUCGAAGCCAUUCAUACAGCCUGCCCCGACUUGAAGUGUCACAUUGCUGAGCCUGGUGUCGAGACGUUUUUGGGUGGCAUGGGCGCCCGUUCCGGCUCGUACAAAUUUCGAGGUCUCUGCGUCGAUCUCGGCGGUGGCAGUCUGCAAAUGAGCUGGUUCAACACAGAUGACGCUGUCCGCCGUGCUUCCGAGGUUCACCAAGGCGACUCUGCCGAUUCUGACACCAACCCCAACAGACACUAUGGCAUCGCCGCUGCUCGUGCCGGUCAGAGUCUGCCUUUCGGUGCCGCUCGAGUCAUCCACAUUCUCAAGAACGAGCCAGUUGAGGUCAGGGAGGCAGAGAUGUCCAGCUACCACGAAAAGCUUACUACUGUCUUUGCCAACCUGUGCAAGACCUGGCCUGACCUCGCUGCCGACGUUGCCGAGGACGGCCCGGGUGUUUGCAUGUACGUCUUUGGUGGCGGCCUCCGUGGUUACGGUAGCAUGCUUCACUUCAACGAUCCGGUGCACCCUUACCCCAUUGCCGGUGUCGGCUCCUACUUCGUCUCGGGCGCCUACUUUACAGAGACCAAGAGGAUGCUUGAGUUCAACAACAAGCACAAGGGCAAGAUAUCUGGCAUGUCUUCUCGCCGCAGGGAUCAGUUCGAUGCCAUCUGUGCUGUUGUUGAUGGGAUAUGUGCUGUGGUUCCCAAGAUCAAGCGGGUCACAUUCUGUGGUGGCGGCAACCGCGAGGGCGCCCUGAUGACGGUCCUCCCCGAAUCCAUCCGCGAGAGCAAUCCCCUGGCUCUUCUGGGACGCGGCGAAACCCCUCCGAUUCUCGCUCAACCAUCAGCCGCCAGCACGUUUGUCCAGAUCCUGGAGGAAGCCCUGCCCGAGACGUUGACAAGCCAAAAGCUGGGACCAUCCACGGUCGAAUCACUCGGCCUAACUGAGCUGUUUGUUCGAAGUCUCUGGACCAAUCUCGACUCGCACGAGAAAAAGAAGCGCAGCGCAUCGGCAGCCAUGCACCAUGCUUUGGCUCGAGACCCCGACUCUCCGGGCCUGGGACAUCUUGAGCGCGCCGUCUUGGCUGUGACAAUGGUUGCCUACCGAGGAGGUGUUGUCCGCCGCUCCGACCACUCGCUGUACGACCGUCUCCGAGGCGUCGUCUCAGCAGCCGAUGACCCUUCGUCGUCGGACGUUGGCAAGAAGGACCACAGCCCAGAAGCCAGCCAAAGCCUCUUCUGGGCCGACUACAUUGGUCGUGUCGCCGCCGCCAUUGUCAAGGCUACGGUUGCUUACCCUACCGAUGUGCUUCAAGCCGGCGGUCCUGUGCCCAUAAAAUUUGGCGCUGUCGAGAACGGCAGCGGUGAGGACAGGGUCGUCGUGCUCAAGAUGGGUGUUGCCUUCCCACCGCACGUCUCCAGCGAAUUUAAGCUGGAUGAUCUUGUCGAGGGCUUCAAGGAUGUGGGCAAGCAUCAGAAGCUCGGAAAGGUGGUUGCCACUGCACAUGAAAUCUCGUGAAACUAAUGCACAUCCCGUCAUGCCUUUACCGAUCCUAUAACAGACACUACCUAUAUCAUCUCAUUAUCCUACCGAAAUUAAGCAUCCCUUGUAUUUUGUGCAGCUCACCUGUUGUUUUCGGAUUUGACGGUCCUGACGGCACUCCAUAAACAUAGAAAAGAGAUACCCAUCGUCGCUGUUUCGACGGCCUCAAAAGAACAAAUAGAUGAAGACCCAAGAAUGACGAAUCAUGUUUGACACCUGAAAUGAGAUGCGUCUUUGGCUAUGAUUUUGUUUUGGUGAAAUAUAGCAUGAAAAUUCUCGCUUUGCUUUUAGAAUGCUUGCAACCCACAGAAAAUGCUGCAUCUCAAGGGUGUCUGGACAAGAAAACUCAAU